GAAGCAAAUGGUAAAGGAGUGGAUCGCGCCGGCGGCGGCUCCCGCGCCGCCCAAGCCCCCGCGUGCGCUGCUCAAGGAGGCUACGGUAGAUUGCUCGCGCAUGAAGGAGGCACUGGAGAGGGCUGCCAAGUCGCUGGAGCAAGCUCGCCUCCAGCUCGAGAUGGCCCAGUCCAAGUUCGACGGUGCCGCCGACGCGGUCAUGGCAGCCGAACUGCAUCGCUUGGAGGUGCAGGAGGUUGCGAACCCACCCGAGACGGCCAAGCAGUCCUUGUUCGAGGUGGACCCCGAGCUCUUCGAGAGCCUCGACGAGCUCGAGGUCGUCACGCAGCUGGCGGAGGCCAAGCAGAAGGAGUUCCAGGCUCUGCUGGAGCGCGCGCGGUCGGCGCACCAGGCGGCGGCCAAGCGGCGCAAGCGCGGCCCCGACGGCGAGGCCGUCGAAGGCGGAGCGGGCGGCGCGGCUGCGGCCUUUGGUGCCUCCGCGGCGCCCGGCGCCGCCGCUGCCGCCGCUGGGCCCAGCAAGUCGAAGAUCUUUGUGCAGGAGAGCGACCAGAAGGCCAUGCUCGAGCGCAUCAAGGCCAGCGCUCAGGCGCUGGCGCGCGAGGCCGCUGCUUGCAAGGCCGCUGGUGCUGGCAAAGGCGGCCAUGCGGGCUCUGGCAAGGGCCUCGCUGCUGCUGGCGCUGGCACAGGAGCACCACUUCAUGAGUCCGAGGGCGACUCGUCUGUGGACAUUUUCUUCGGCAACAUUACGGAGUGGGGCCCGCAGGCUGCGCUUUUCUUGGCCCGGGAGCAGGAGCGCAGCAUCGCGGCCCUAGUUGAGACGCACAAGGGAGAGAUUGGCAUGCCAGAUAUAUGUCAGUCGAUUGACAAGGACGGCUGGCGUCUGGCCCACACGGCCGUUCGCCCUUCGGGCAAGUCGGAGAGUGGCCCGUCGGGCGGCGAAUGGAUCCUCGCGGAGAAGCAUGUGGCAACGUCGAGCUUUGAGAGUGCUCGGCGGUCUGCGCGUUCUGCUGGGCGGCUGGACCCCUGCCGUGGCAUCGCGCCGACGGUGAUCUGCGCUGAGGGCGGCAACUUGGUCCUGAUUGCCGCCUGCCUCCAGCCAGGCCUCGGCGUGAGGGGCUGGAACAGCGACGUCUUGGUUGCUUGGGGGGCUUUCACGCGGGCGCCUGCAGAUCCGCGGCUGGCCAUGGCGGACUGGGACAUCGAGCCCGCA